AUGGUUCCAAGACGAAGCGAGGCCAUUCUUUCGAGAAAGCCUUGGAACAAAGCGGUUCCACAGGACACAGAAAAGCCGUCAGUUCGGCGAGAGCAAUCCCACCGAUUGCGCCAGACACCAAAGUUGCCUUUAAUCUUGUUGGCUGGUUCUCCAUCCGAUGCUAAUCCGUCCGGCAGCCGGUGGUGCCGUCAAUGCCAUUUGUCGCUAUUGCCUCGCUGGCCUCAGUGUUGUCUCACGACAUCUCAUGACAUCAACCUUGCAGUCAGUUGUGGGGCUGCCCGGCAAGCGUUUGUUUGGCCUACCGAAACGCUGCAUAGUUUGUCCUGUUGCGUCUAUGCGAUUUAUCCCAUCGCAUAUGAUUGCAUAAGCCAGGCCAGGGCACAAAUGAGCCGCCAUUUUGACUCGGUCUCUGACGCAACCGACCAUCCAUUUCCACGUCUCAGGCCUGGUUGCCGCUCGAUACAAGCAAUCAGACCUUGCCUACACUCUUUUGGCCUCGUCUUCAUCUGCCAAGGCCCACACCUUCCGGUCCACUCCCUUCCCGUCGUCAUGUCGCCAACACCAACUCGGCUUGACAGGCCGUCGAGGUGGGCAGCCGACACGCACGUGCACACGAACAAGCCCACUUUCGCCCAGUCCAGUCAGGCCAACCGAGUGUCAUGA